UAAACAGGGUAUAAUUGUAAAAUUGCAAUAAAUCACACGCUGUGAACACAAACGGAAAGUCAUAUUUACUUUAAGUGAUCAUAAAGUGAAUUUAUUGCAAUCUUAAGAGUGAAACAAACAUAUUUAUUUUCAUUUUGCCUGUUUGCCCGGAGGUAAACAUAAGCCUAAUGAUGACCUAGUUUUUUGGCUGACUUCUUAGUGAGCAAACAACAAUAAAGGAAAAUUAUGGUGCUUAGCACUUUCCCAUUUCUUCAAGACAACACCAGGCUAGUUAGACAAGGAGAUACAUUGUACAAGGUCAAAAUCAAGUACACCAGCCUUGCUUUAAAACAAAAGCCGGAAGGAUUGAAUGCUAGCUCAGCUCAUCAGCAAAUUGAGCAGUGUUUUCGAGCCCUCUUGUAUAUGAAUGAGAGAAAUGUGGAACUGAAGCCAGUUUUGACAGAAGACUUCCUUAUACGUCCGCAGAAAGUGCCAUGGAGUUUUCCUAAAAAGUACAGCAAUUAUGGUUUUCAUCAACAUGGUGAAGCUUUGAAGGCGUAUGAUUAUGUUUUUGAAUUGAAUGUAUGCUCCAGGGAGUUCAAAAGUAAGCAACUGGAGGAAAAAAAGGUAACAAGUGCAAGUCCAAAGAAAUUCUGGAUCUUGGAUGAAGAAACUGGACAUUGUUCAGGUCAAAAAAGAGUAAAAGAAAAAUCAGGGAAAGUUGAAAAAGAAAGCUCAAGUCCAAAGAAAUUCAGUAUCUUGAAUGAAGAAACUGAACAUUGUUCAGGUCCAAAAAAUGUGGAAAAAAAAUCAGGGAAUAUUGAAAAAGAAAGCCCAAGUCCAAACAAAAAAAAUCCUUUGAUUCACGUCACUAAAGAACAUUUAAAAAAUGAGAGUCUUACAGUGGGUAGAUUUGGACGCACAAAAGAUGGACAGCUAUAUAGAGUUGUACAUUUAUCUCCAUCAAAGACAAAUUUUGUAGUCAAAGGAAGUGUACGGGGAAAGAAGAGAAAAUCUGAAAUAGAUGGUGAGAACCUUACCAAGGAAAAGAAAAAUAAGAAGCAUGAUGAGGCAAGUAUAAGUCAAGAUCAUUCGCCUCAUACCAAAAAGAAAGAUUCUUUUCAUGCACAAAAACAAGAACAUCAACAAAGAACAAGGAAUAACCCUAGUUUAUCCACAUUGGGUGUAAGACCACGGAAUUCUGUGAAAUCCCCAAUCAUAUUUUCAAGAAGUAGAGAUAUUAAGUACAGAUUAAGGGAUAGAAAAGGGCAACAAAAACUUGACGUAGUCCAUGGUUUGAAAAAAGAAACAAGGUCAAUGGAACAUGGGAAAACAUUGGAAAAGGCAGUUGAGCCCACUGCAAAAAGAAUCAGAGGAAAAACUGCAACUAGUGAAGAUACUGAUGGCGAAGGUGAAAAGAGGGAUCUUGUUAAAAAGGAAGAGGGUUUAAGAAGGCAAAAUGUUCAAGGUACAUCUAGGGUUAAAGCUUUAAGAGAUAGAGCAAAAGUAUCUGAAACGGAGAGUGAGAGUGAAGAUAGUCAUAGAGUUCCUGUAGUCCAUGGUUUGAAAAAAGAAACAAGGUCAAUGGAACAUGGGAAAACAUUGGAAAAGGCAGUUGAGCCCACUGCAAAAAGAAUCAGAGGAAAAACUGCAACUAGUGAAGAUACUGAUGGCGAAGGUGAAAAGAGGGAUCUUGUUAAAAAGAAAGAGGGUUUAAGAAGGCAAAAUGUUCAAGGUACAUCUAGGGUUAAAGCUUUAACAGAUAAAGCAAAAGUAUCUGAAACGGAGAGUGAGAGUGAAGAUAGUCAUAGAGUUCCAACAAGAGUUACCAGGCAAGGUAUGGGUGGAAAGAAUAAAGUGUAUGGAAGUGAAAGAAAAGGUUGUGAUCUCAGGGUAAGUAUAAACUCUAGAAAAUCAAGAACAUUGGAAGUGUACAAAAGUAAAGAUGAUUCCUCUGAUGAUGAAACCAGUGAUCCAGCUAAACACGAGAAUCAGAGACAUUCUAGAAGGCAAGUAAGACAACCGGAAAGGUAUGAUGCAGAAAUGAUUGAUUCUCAUGAUCAACAUAGCCACCCUAACAAAGGUAAAGCUCAGUCAGAAUUUAGUCAGGAAAAGAACUCCCCAGUCCAAAUGCAGCACAGGAGAAAAUCAAGGACAACAGAAGAGUCACAGAGCAGUACGGAGGAAUCUUCUGACUCUGAGAGUGACAAUGAGAAUGGCCAAUCCAGACCCCAGGACAGGCAGACCAGGAGAAGCCUAAGACUUGAACAAGCUGCUGAGGUGCACGUUGUCAGUCCCAAGGUUUCAACUGUACGGCCGGUGAAGAGAGCAAACAUAUCCACAGAUGCCAGAGCUGGUCAAAUACCACAAUCUAGGCCAAUGCAGACUGAAGAACAGCGUAUGGCGGCGAUGCGGAAUGUGAGAGCCACUGUCAGUUACAGGGAUUUACUGGCCAGUCGCAGGGAUAGGCAUGCUGUGGAAGAGGCGGAGAGAGCAGAAACCAACAAACUACAACAACUCUACCGACCCACAGUUCCUGCCCAGUUGCCACGACAACGGGGGUCAAGGACACAACAAGGGUCAGAAGGUCAAGGGUCCAGUGAGGAUCAACAGAGAAAAUUAAAAAGGCGCAGUUCAGGUCUCUGGGGAGCCAUAAUGGACCAUCUUGUUACUCCGACUAAGAAAUAUAUGUUUGGGAAGAAAGAGUAAUAGUUUUAAAUCAAGUUUGAAUAAUAUCAUGUUGGUUUUGAAAACAGUUAUUUGAGCAAGUCAUGAAUCUCAAUGAAUUUGCAAAGUAUAUAUUUGUAAAUAGUAAAUACGGUAGUUCUUUUCUUAAAAAACAAAGGUGAACCAGUCUGUUAUAAAACUUGUAUCAUACAAUUUAUUGCAAAUUGCUAUAAAUUAAAGCUGCACUCUCACAGAUUGAUGGUUUUGACAACUUUUUUAUUUUUUGUCUUGGAACGAGCCAAUUUUUGUGAAAAAACAUGGAAACCAAUGAUGUAAGACCGCUGACAAAAAUUUAGAUCACAGAUUUUUAUAUUAAAGUUCAAAAAUUAAUAUUUUAUGCACUUUUCUUAAAACAUUAGUAACGGUUUAAGACAUAAAACAUUGAUUUUCAAACGGAAAUAUGCAAAUCUGCGAUCUGAUCAUUUGUCAGCAAUCUUUUAUCAUUGGUUUGCAGAUAUUUACGCAACAAUUUGCUCUUUCCAAAACAAAAAAAAGUUGUAAAAACGUUAAAUCUGUGAGAGUGCAGCUUUAACAGAGUUUUAAAACAUGUUAAUGAUGUCCUUUAAAAAAAAUUGUUACGGGUUUGUAUAGUGCAUGUUUGUAUUAGUGUUUAAUGUUAACUUUGUUAUUAAAACUAUUAAAAG